CGCUGUCAAGGUAAGGUGCAAACGAAACCUAACAGACACGAUAACCAAGCUGCAGACAUGUAUUGGAUUUCGAAUUUGAUUAUGAAGGGAUAAAUUUUGGCAGGGCAAUAGAGUUCACACAAGCUGUUUUCAGAUUUCUAAAAAUGUAAUUUAAAAAUCGUGACCUACGAAAGAGCCUUCAUGACUACAAUACAGUACAUCCCAUCAUCAGGUUAAAUCAAAAGAGCCUUCAGGACUACAAUACAGUACAUCCCAUCAUCAGGUAGAAUCAAAAGAGCCUUCAGGACUACACUAGAGUACAUCUCAUCAUCAGGUAGAAUCAAUAGAGCCUUCAGGACUACAGUACAGUACAUCCCAUCAGAUUGCAAUUUCUUACUGCAGCGGUGUCAUUAGCAUGUCUCAGAAGGAUCCCUGUCAGAAGCAAGCAUGUGAAAUCCAGAAGUGCUUACAAGCUAAGUACAUAGAGUGCAAGUGUGAGGACGUGAUCAGAGCAAUGCGGAAGUGCUGUGAGGUGCACACUACUCAGAGAUCAGUCUGCUGCUCAGGGUUUGUGAAGGAACAGGAAGAGACCAUCAUGAACAUGUGACCUCAAUCACUGAAACCCAUCACUUCCAAUAACAAAAGGCUGCAGUGUUAAGAUAUUGUAGAGUUCAAUAAAUGAUGUAAAAUAGUCAAGAUGGUUUUUGUUUUGAAUUAGUUUAUGGUAGCAAGUGUUUUCUAUUUUCAAUAUUAUUUUCUAAGUUUCUCCAUACUAAGAACCUUCACUAUUUUAAGCACAUUUUGGUAAUGACACUUGUGUACUUUACUUGUUCUUCUAUGGUAGGUUUCACUGAUGAGCUACAUGGUUAAGCAAUAUCAUCAUUGCACUGAGUAGAAAACAAAACUAGUCACAUAGGCUUUGAAAGCAAUUAAGCUAAAUAACUGAUCGCAUUCUCACUCCCAAUUUUCAAUUUCCCUAUAGUGAGACAAUCUGGUUCUGAGUAAAGUGGUCAUUAAUACACAGAAAGCUCCAGGAAUUCAGAAUCUUGAAAAUCAUUGGGAACAGCAUAAAGCAACCGUGUAAAAUAUUUGAACUUAAAAUACAUUUUAAAAAUAUCUUAUCACAAAUACUGUAAACUUGGUUUACAGUAGCAUUAGAGGUUGAAAAAAUAGGGUGUACAAAAUGAAAUAAUUUUCUACACAGAUAUCAUUCAUGGUAUUUGCAUGCUUAUUUAUAAAAAGAUUGAGCUCAUCAAGUUUCAUCAUUUUUGUUUUAAGUUUUAUUUUCCUCUGUGGUGCAUAUUUAUAACAAACACAACAGUGCAUUUCAAUAAUCUGAAAGAGAAAAAAAAAAAAAAUACAAAAACACCAACCUGCAAGUCCUACUACAGUGAACACAUCUGAACACCCAGACAUCUGAAAUUGUCUGUAUGUUGUACAAGAGCAUCCCAAUAACUAAUAAAUACAAAUCUCUUUGGCACAAGCUAUACAAUUUCCCAGAUCCAUAAUCUACAGAAUUCUUUGGAGUAUAAACUAUUUGGCUAUUACAUGUGUCUAUUUUAAUACUUCAUAAAAUGAGGUGACUGUUAAUCGAAGACUUAACAGAGUAGCUUGUGCUGGGAUUUUAGAGAAGUAGUUUAUAGUUUUGUUGUGUUCUAGAUUAAGUGGGUUCAGGGACAAUAAACUGAAGUACCAGAUGUCUUCUUCAUGUAUUCUCAGUCACACUCCUUUUUAAGGUCUGGUUACACUGGGCACGGUAGCGGAAAGUGGAAAAAAAUAGAAUCUGUUGUUUUGAAUGGGUGCAAUUACACUAAGUGCGGAAUGGAAAAGCAGCACGAUGGAAAACCACGCAGGAAACCAGAGCGAUCUUUAUAGUACCGCACAGCAAAUUUCCAUCUACACCAAUCAACUGAAGUGUUGCUGUGCGACGUUAUCUGCACUAUGUACAGUGAGAGAUGGCGAACGAAAGACUGGAUUUCAGGGUGCAAAAAUGCCCUCCACUGUAUGAUACGUCCCGUCCAGAUUACAAGGAUACGCUACGGAUACGCUAAAGAAGAAAGACACCUGGGACACCAUGGCGGCCAAACUAGACAUGUCAAGUAAAACCAUUUGCAUUUGAAGAGCAACAGAAAACAUACACAUAUCGUACUGUAUACCACAGACCUCCAAGCAAAACAUUUCAAAGUUGAAAAAAAAGAGGUCUCCAUAAUUACAGUCUUCUUGUAGCAUUUGAUGGAGGUUUUUUGUACAGGUUUUUAAAUUAUUCUGUCAUAAAACUCUUGGAUUUGCCAUGCCAGGUAAACAAUUCAGUCAUGCAAUGCAUAUAUGGGAUGGAAUAACACUGUUUGGUUCAGAGUUAAAAUAAAAAAUGAUAUGGCAUCAUUAAAAUAUAAUGUAAUUCAUAUAUAAUAUAGUACGUAAUGUUUAUUAAUAUAAAUAUAAUGGUCACUGGAGAAUGCUACACAGGUGAAACACUGCAUUUUUAUUUUAUAUACACCUACAUAAAUAUAGCACACAAAUAUAUUUAACCUAUUUCUUGACAUGUUUCAUCAAAUAAUUUUUUUUUCAACAUUAACAUGUGAUAAUACAU